CACCUCGCCUCAAGGUGCCCUGCGGGCACCUUAUUAUUAUUAUAAUCUUUCAGACAAAUUGGAGUCUGGCGUCUUAAAGAAAUUGUUCUGUCGGCGUUGAUAAAUCAAAAAAGAAAGGCUACCGGUAGCCGUUGGACAUCGAAAAAUAAAAUAUUAGCCUUAGAUAUAUUUAAGAGGUCACCAAAAGCCUACCGAUAUCUGCAGCAGCUAAUGCCACUACCAAGUAUAAAAACGUUGCAUAAUGUUUUAAUAAAAAUACCAGUCUCCACUGGUGUAAAACAUCUGGAAUAGAACAUUUAAAAAAAUUCGGUCAAUAAGGAUAAAAAAGACAAAUACUGUGGUCUAAUAUUUGACGAGAUUGCUCUAAAACGACGUCUCUUUUUUAAUAUUAGUACAGACAAGGUUGAGGGUUAUGAAGACUAUGGCCCGGAAGCAGAACGUGGUUCUCAACUGGCUGACCAUGCAUUGGUCUUUAUGUUGCAAGUUAUACGAGCAAAGUUUAAGCAGCCAAUAGCUUUUUAUUUUGUUAAGGGUACAGUUUCCUACCAAAAACUAGCCUCAAUUAUAAAAGAAAUUAUCAUGGUUGUUGAAGAUACUGGAUUCAAUAUAUUAACAACAAUCUGUGACCUCCUGUUUUUAGGACCCUUCCUACAAAUAUGAGGACCCUGAAACUAUUAAAAUCAUUAUCACUUUCUCCAAUUAACGAAAAUGACAACUAUUUUACUUACUCAAAUGGAAAAAAUUACAUUGUUUAUGAUAUACCUCAUUUAUUUAAAUCGAUUAGGAAUAAUUUCCUCAAAUAUGGGGAAAUGUAUAUGUCUGGAAUGAAGGCUAAAUGGGAGCAUUUGUUACAAGCAGAGAAAAAAAAUAGAAACCUCUUAUACCUUAGCAAAAUCACUAAAGUGCACGUGGAGCCAAAAUAUAGGGCAAAAACGAAAGUAAAAUAUGCUACUCAAAUGUUGAGCAACACAGUAGCAGCAGUUGUAAAAUUAACGGCACAGUCGCAAAAUGAUCCAGUGAAACAAGAAGAGAUGAUGCAGACUGGUACAAUUAUCAACGACUUAGAUCGUCUUUUCGACAAAAUUAAUCAUCAUCAUGCCCAGAUGAUAUUAAAAAGGGGCGCCGGGACAAUGUAUCCAUUUCAACAGACCAUCUAGAUGUUUGGGUUGAAUAUAGCGCUAAAUUGGAAACCGUAGUUUUCAAAAAUUCUAAUAGAAUUAAAGCUAAAAAUGUACGCUGUAUACAGGGUUACAUAACUAGUUUAAAAUCAUUGCGCGAUAUUUGGAUAGAAAUGAGCGCUUGCGGUUUUCAUUAUUUAAACUUAAGACACCUGAAUCAAGACGCUCUUGAAAAUUUAUUUGGUGUCAUUAGACAACACAGCCCUACUAAUAGGAACCCGACUUGUUAUUCUUUUAUAUCAGCAUUAAAAACGGCAAUUGUCUCUGGAAUGACAGCUCCUCACAAUAGGGGAUCGAAUUGCGAGAAAAAUUUGAAAAGCCUGCUAACAGACUUUCAUAACGAAAUAUUUAAAAAACCAGAGAACAAACAGCAGCUGUCAAAAGAAAAAAAUUCUGACACAUUUUCACAAAAAAUCGGUUUGGGUGACUCUUUUAAUGAUAGCACCAGUCUAAACAUUUUUUUAAAAUAGAGCAACAGCCCAUCGUGUACAUUAGUGGGUACAUAUCGUCAAUAAUUAAAAAAAAGUUUAAUUGUGAAAUUUGCAUAAAAUGUUUAAAAAUGGAAAACCCCGAUUUAAAUGAUCCUACAUAUGAUUACCUAAAACUAAGAUAAUUUUGGCCAGAAAAAUUAUCAUUAAUGAAACGUUAGAAGAAGAUUUUGAUGAAGAUGAUGUGAUAAUGGUUGACAGAAAUUUUAAAAUAAAUGAUUUCGUUCUUGUUAAAUUUAAUACAAAAAAACUGUUGUGCACUAUGUCGCACAAAUCGAAGACAUUAGUCCUACCAUGGCUACAAUAAAAUUUAAGAGGCUGAGUAAGAUAAGAAAUAUAAGAUAAGAAUGUAAAUUUUAAUAAAUAUGUACCUCAAAAUUGUACAUAAUAAUUAAACAAAAUUUUCCAAUUUGAGGUUUUUUCAAUUUUUUGCAUUUUCUAAGAAUAUUUCCUACAGUAAUGUAUAUUUUUCUUUACACCAUCAGAAAGUAGAUAUUACAACGAACAAAAACCCCACAAACUUUUUGAAAAAAGCUGAUAUUUUGACGUCAGAAUUUUCGAUUGAAAAUUAGGGUGCUUUUUUGAUUUUAAAUUAAAAUGAAGCGAAAAAAUAAAUAUUUUUAAUCAAAUAAAUUACAGUGUAUUUGGGACAUAAUAAGGUAAGUUUUCACCAAAUUUCGUAGAAAAAAAAAAUUUUUGAAAAAGAUAUAAAUAAAAACCAAAACGUUGGUUGUUUGAAUUUUUCACCUAAAUUUUGAGGUUAUGUGAAACAUCUGCAAAUACAUAAGUUGUAGAUCUUUUUUGCCUACAACUUUGCCAUUUAACUUUUUUCCAUAGGACUUGUAGUUUUGCCGGAAAUCAAGAUAAACCACUUUUUACCCUUAAAAACUCCCCCCCUCCCACUUCCCGAACUCGGAUCGACCGUAAUUUAUUUUUCCUUUCAUUUUGAUCAUAUUCCCCUCCUUUUCUAAUGCGUUUCAUCCUACUGUAAUUUUUUUUGGUUUCAAAAAUUAUCUGCCCUGGUCUAUAGGGCCUCUUUCACCACCUUCAAGUAAAGUGUUGAUUAGUUACUUGUCAAUGAACGUUACUUGGCAAGUAAAACUUACAAGUAACUUCAGUCGAUUUCACACGCGAAAUUAAAGCUCUGAGUAACUACUUGCCGGUUUAUUGAACGAUGUCACAAACCGUACAUUACAUUCGUUCAAUAAUACGUCAACGUUACUCGACAGACGUCAUCAUUGGCGAUUUAUCUGUCAUUAGCGACUUGUGAGCGGGUAUUUUGUAUUUGUUUUGUUGUUGUUUUCUUUAAUUAUUCAUCCUCGUCGCCAUGGAAAAAAGUAAACGAGAUAGGAGCGCAAACUUUUCUCUCCACGAGCGAGACAUUUUGGUGUCCUUGAUCGAAUAUAAAAGUAUAUUAGAAAAUAAACAAAGCGAUGCGUCCACUUGGAAACAGAAAGAAGCUGCGUGGGAAGCCAUUCAAAUUGAUUUUAAUGCUAGAUCUGGAGGGACAUUCCGGACAACAAAGACGCUAAAAGUAAAGUAUGAGGGCCUCAAAAGAACUUUGCGGAAAAAGUCCGCUGCGAUACGCUCGGAGCUCUACCGCACUGGAGGUGGCCGCAACACGGCGCCUCCGCUAGACAACGUCGAGGAGCAAGUUAAAGCAAUGAUUUCUUUGAGCACUGACGGAAUGCAUAGCAUUUAUGACUCAGAUGUCAUACAAGAAAAGUGA